ACGCCGCAUUUGCCAAGAGGACCGUGAAAAACAAGUUGGAGGAAAUUCGCGCGAAUUGAAGGUGCAUCGGAGAAAGUAGAAAGAUACAGAAGCAGAUGGAGGAAGAAGAGAAAAACAGUGAUGGAAAGCAGAAGAAGAGCUCCGUGGCGAUAAGAAUACCUUCUUAUCAGGAAGUGGUUGAAAGUUCACAGGCGAAAUCUACUCCACCGUCUCUCUUUCUUCCCUCCCAAUCCUUUUCCCAAUCUUUCGCCUUCGUCAAAUCCUCCGAGUUCUACGCUCCUCCUCCUCCUGCUCCUCCGCAACCCAGGGAAUUUGCUCAAUCGGACGCUCCAUCUUCAACCUCCACACCGUCUUCCGCUGCUGCUGCUGCAUCUUCAUCAAAGUUACCCUCCUCUCAGGCCUCUCAAAAUCGCAAUUCAAUUCUUGUGAGCCACAGACAGAAGGGAAACCCCUUGCUCAAACACAUUAGGAACGUUAGAUGGGCGUUUGCCGAUGUUGUUUGUGACUACAUGCUGGGCCAAAGCUCCUGUGCUCUUUAUCUCAGUCUUCGGUAUCAUCUUCUGCAUCCAGACUACUUGUAUUAUAGAAUUAGGGAGUUGCAGAAGAAUUUCAAGCUUCGUGUGGUUUUAUGCCAUGUUGAUGUGGAAGAUGUAAUAAAGCCUCUACUUGAAGUUACAAAAACAGCUUUGCUUCACGACUGUACGCUCCUAUGUGGAUGGAGUCUGGAGGAAUGUGGCCGGUACUUGGAGACCAUAAAAGUCUAUGAAAACAAGCCUGCAGACAUUAUUCAAGGCCAAAUGGAUACAGAUUAUCUAUCACGGCUAACACAUGCCCUUACAACAGUACGGCAUGUUAACAAGACUGAUGUUGUCACCCUUGGUACCACAUUUGGGUCUCUUUCUAACAUUAUGGGCGCAUCUAUGGAAGAUCUAGCUCGUUGCCCUGGCAUAGGAGAGCGCAAGGUCAAGCGCUUGUUUGACACUUUUCAUGAACCUUUCAAACGGGUGGACUCAAGCCGGCAGGCCAUUCCAGAUACUUCUGUUCAACAUGAGCCAGUUAGUCCAGGCUCAUCGAUCAGGAACAAUACUGAAUCUUCCUCCUUGAUUGAAGACAAGCAAGACGAUGUAGACGAUGUGAGCAAACGAAGGAAGAAAGAACCUGAAGUUACUGUCAAGUCUGCCCUUUCUGCAGCUUUUGCCAAAUAUUCGGAUAGAGUUGGAAAGAGGAAAGAAACUUCACAAGUGGAGGAAAAAGGAGAAUCGGAUGCUUUCAAAUAAUCAGAAGCUGAAAAAUUACCAUGAUGUUUUUCACUGGUUGUUCAAUAAUUUACCCUUGAGCGUAAUCUUAUGAUAUUUAGAGGCUUCAGUUAUUAUGUCUAUGCAUGUGAAGCCAUGGAGACUCUUUUGGGACUGUAAUGGGGAAACACUUGUAACAAGUGAAGAGGUAAUUGUUAUAAUAUGGCAGCUGAACUUGUAGGAGGUUAGGAGUCUUUAAUCAAAUGGGAAGGAAGAGAAAAAGACCGGUGGGAAGAUUGGAUUUUUGAUUGUUGAGAUGAAUUUUCCCUGUUUAAGAGAUAUUCUCACUUUUGUACAUUGUUUCUACCUUCUAUUCUAGAUUCUCAAACCAUUUAGGAA